AUGAUAGACGAAGCUCUUGUGGAGGUUGACGGGCUCUUUGCGGGUCUCAUUUACCUCGAUGCGACAGAUCCCCCGCUCCUCAAGAGAACUUCAAAGGACUGGUUUCAAAAUAGUCUUGCUGCUAAGCUAGACGUUAUCUGCAAUGCUUGCGAAACUCGCCCGGAGACCGACACGUCCAGCGCAUCAUCUUCCACGAACCACGAAGGCAUCCUAGCCCGAAACGCCGCAUGGUCCUCUAUUCGAACAGUCCGAGACGGAAUGCAGAUUCUCUGGGAUCAUUUCGUCGAUGUUUCCCGGGUUCUAAAUACACCGACAAUUGAUAGCCUACGCAAGAGCUACCAUGAUGCUCAAGGCCUUUGCUAUGAAGGAGUGUUUACAUUCCGCCAUACCGCCCUUGACCAGAGGCACGACGACUUGGUCGCGAUAUUUGCCUUUUGUAGCUUGUCAUAUGUUAUUGCUCGUCUUUCCUGUGCUCGCAAUAGAGCCAACCAGAUCGAUAUAGCCGCCGGUCUCCGGUCAUGGCGUGAUGCAAUCAAGGAAGAGGACGAGCGACAGGCCUUUGAUGCUCUGGCCGUGCAGAUGUGGCCAGAAGCAAUUAAUACAGUCCAUUUUCAGCCAUUGGCUCGAUCUGCGAGCACUCACGGCCACAGUGGUAGCGCGUCUCCUGUGCCUUCUAUCCCCUACCAAAGCGCAAUACCACCACUUGCUCCUGGCCUUAGCAGCACGCAGCCAUUUGACGGCAACCAGCAAGGUCAGGAACUCUCCAGUAUCAUGGGGAAAGACUUCAUCCCAAUUCAGGAUACAUGGCAAGAUAACGAGAGAGUCAGUAAUGGCACGACAAACACCUCCACAGCUGUCAGCGGGAGUACUCAAAGCUUAACGGACCUACUGAAUGAUGCCUUUCUCUUGCAUGCAACAAGCAACGAGCCAUACCCUGACUAUCGGGCCUGGUCAGACUCGGGCUCCAUUCUGUCGCAGACCUUCGACAUGACGGAAGGGCUGAACUGGACAGCAUUCAGAGACCCAACAGGUCAGUCAGCUGGCUAUACCAAGGUCAUCACCGAUUACGCCCAGGAAUCGAGUGAUACAGCCCUGCCGGAAACAACAUCUUGCACCAGCGCCCUACAAGAGACACCAACAUUCAUGGUUGUCAGAGAUUAUAUCCGCGACAACUGUAACUUUUGGCACCGACUCGCCGGCUCCGGUAUAGUGUCUAAAGACCACAAAUCACGUCGCUCAUGGCAGCAAAAAACACCAGCCUGGAUGGAGUGCAAACAGACAUCAUCAUACAUCCAACAACUGCGAUCUGUGGAGCACACUCGCAAUACAGAGUCGUGUGGUAUUGUCGCUGUUGCUGCAGCUUACAUCAGAUGGGGGUUUCUUCAAAGUGUCGAAGAUACAAAGCUUUAUAUGGCAAAACUGGGAGAUACACCGAAGAAGACCGUGAAGAGUUCUGCACAUGGAUUCAGGGCUUUUCGGGUGACAAUGAGAAACCAUUGCUAUGCCCAUGCUGCCCUCACAGAGACAAGCAUGCCAGCAAUCUGGCAAGACACAUAA